AUGACGUCCCUAGCCCAGCAGCUCCAGCGCCUCGCCCUCCCUCAGAGCGACCCCAGCCUCCUGUCCAGGGAUGAAGUGGCCUCGCUGCUGUUUGACCCCAAGGAAGCGGCCACCGUCGACAGGGACACCGCCUUCGCCAUCGGGUGCACCGGCCUGGAGGAGCUGCUGGGUAUCGAUCCCUCCUUCGAGCAGUUUGAAGCCCCGCUGUUUAGCCAGUUCGCCAAGACCUUGGCGCGCAGCGUGCAGACCAAAGCCGUGAACAAGCAGCUGGAUGAGAACAUCUCGUUGUUCCUCAUCCACUUGUCCCCCUACUUCCUGCUGAAGCCGGCACACAAGUGCCUGGAGUGGCUGAUUCACAGGUUCCACAUCCACCUGUACAAUCAAGACAGCCUCAUAGCUUGUGUUCUCCCGUACCAUGAGACAAGAAUAUUUGUGCGGGUUAUACAGCUUCUAAAAAUUAAUAAUCCGAAGCACAAAUGGUUCUGGUUGUUGCCCGUUAAGCAAUCUGGAGUGCCCUUAGCUAAAGGAACUCUGAUUACCCACUGCUACAAAGACCUUGGAUUCAUGGAUUUCAUCUGCAGUUUGGUAACAAAAUCUGUGAAGGUUUUUGCUGAGUAUCCUGGGAGUUCUGCUCAGUUGCGGGUUCUCUUAACAUUUUAUGCUUCUACCAUUGUGUCUGCCUUGGUGACGGCUGAGGACUUAUCGGACAAUAUAGUUGCUAAGCUAUUUCCCUAUGUCCAAAAGGGAUUGAAAUCGUCUUUACCAGAUUACAGAGCUGCAACGUACAUGAUAAUCUGUCAGAUCGCGGUGAAAGUGACCAUGGAAGAAACCAUCGUCAGCUCAUUGGCCUCACAGAUCAUCAAAACGUUGACGAAAACACCCUCUUUGAUCAAGGAGGGACUGGGCUGCCUGAUAGUGCUGCUGCAGAGGCAGAAGCCAGAGAGCCUGGGGAAAAAGCCAUUUCCUCACUUGUGCAAUGUUCCCGAUCUUAUCACAACACUGCAUGGGAUUGCCGAAACAUACGACAUCAGUCCUCUUCUGCGGUACAUGCUUCCCCAUCUGGUCAUCUCCAUCAUUAAUCAUGUUACAGGAGAAGAAACUGAAGGGAUGGAUGGUCAAAUCUACAGGAAACACUUGGAAGCUAUACUUACACACAUAUCACUGAAGAACAACUUAGACCAUUUGUUGGCUAGCCUUCUUUUUGAAGAGUAUAUUUCAUAUAACUCACAGGAAGAAAUCGAUCCUAAUAAAGCAUCUUUGCUUAAUGAACAGUUUCUCCCACUUAUCAGACUUUUAGAAAGCAAAUAUCCGAGAACGCUAGAUGUUGUCUUAGAGGAACACCUAAAGCAAAUCACAGACCUAAAAAAACAAGAGCUUUUUCACCAGUUUAUCUCUCUUUCUACAAGUGGAGGGAAGUACCAGUUUUUAGCAGAUUCCAAUACCUCCUUGAUGCUCAGUCUGAAUCAUCCACUGGCUCCUGUGAGACUUCUGGCUGUUAAUCAUCUGAAAAAUGUCAUGAAAACAUCCAAGGAGAGCAUCGAUGAGUCUUUCAUAAAAGAAGCUAUUUUAGCCCGAUUAGGUGAUGACAGUAUAGACGUUGUUUUGUCAGCAGUAAGUGCUUUUGAGAUUUUCAAGAGCCACUUUAGUCCAGAGGUGACUGUUUCAAAUCUUCUGAAUCUCUUUCAAAGGGCAGAACUUUCCAAACAUAGGGUGUGGUAUGAGGUCCUUGAGGUGGCCGCAGACAUACUGAGUAAAGAAGAGAUACUGAGUGGAAACGAGGAGUUGGCUAACCAGGUGGUGGUGCAUCUGCUUCCGUUCAUGGUCAUUGACAGCGAUGACCUGGAGUCGGCCGAGACGAAAUUUGCUGUUUAUUUAUCCAAGUCGGGAAUUUGCUCUCUGCACCCUGUGCUUAGAGGCUGGAAAGCAGCUCUUGAAAAUGUGAUUAAAAGCACAAAAUCCGGCAAACUAAUUGGUAUAGCAAAUCAGAAGAUGAUUGACUUGCUGGCUGACAAUAUAAAGUCAGGGGAUCCUUCUUCAGGGUUAAAGCUGGUGGAGGACUUGAUCAGCGUUGGGGAAAAGGAGUCCUUCAGCCUGAAGCACAAGGUGACUUUCCACAUGAUCAUGGCCGUGCUCGUCUCUUGCUGCUCAUCUUCAAAAGGAACUCACUUUGCAUUUGCGACAAGAGUCUUCAGUUUGUUGCAGAAGAAAAUAAAGAAGCUGGAAAGUGUCAUGACUGCCGUGGAAGUGCCCCCGGAGUGGCAUUCCGAGCUGAUGCUGGACAGAGCGAUGCCAGUGCAGCUGUGGGCACAUUACAUCCAGCAGGCUCGCACUGCCCAGAGGAUUGCCGUGGAGGACUCUGUGUUGCUCCUGUUUUCGCUGAAAAACUUCAUUCAUGCACUGAAGGCGCCUAAAUCCUUUCCCAAAGGUGGCGUGUGGUGGAACCCCGAGUGCCUGGAGGAAGACGGCAGAGACUACCUGUGCCUGCUCCUCGGGCUCUUCGAGAUCAUCCUCAGUGGCGCUGACAGCACGCACUUCCGGGUGCUGAUGAAGCUGUUCAUGAAGGUGCAUCUGGAAGAUGUCUCUCAGCUAUUCAAGUUCCUUUCUGUUGUGUGGACCUACGGGUCUAGCGUUGCAAAUCCACUGAGCUGCUGUGUGAAGGCUGUGCUGCAGACUCAGGCUCUGUACGUGGGCUGUGCAGUGCUGACCUCGCAGAGGCCCCAGAGCAGAGCCCAGCUGGCCUCCAUGUCCUCCCCAGUAGUGGCAUCGCUUCUCCUUAACUUGGGGAGCCCCGUGAAGGAAGUGCGGAGGGCGGCCGUCCACUGCCUGCAGGCCCUCGGGGCCACGGCCUCCCUGUUCCACCCGGUGAUAGAGCACGUGAUCCCCAAAGCCGAGGAGGUCACCUCGGACGCCGCCUAUGUCAUUCAGGAUUUGGCUACUUUAUUUGAGGAACUUCAGACAGGAAAAAAAACGAAAUCUCAUCAGAAGUUGUCCGAGACUUUAAAAAACCUGCUUUACUGUGUAUCUAGUUGCCCAUCUUACGUUGCAAAAGAUCUGCUGAAAGUGCUUCAGGGGGUCAACAGUGAGAUGGUGCUUGCUCAGCUGCUGCCUAUGGCGGAGCACCUGCUCGACAAGAUCCAGAAGGAGCCCGCGGCUGUCCUGCAAGACGAGGCCACUGUUCUGCACCUCAUUCUGGGAAAAUAUAAUGAAUAUUCAGCUUCGCUUUUGCAUAAGGACCCCAAGAGUCUAGAUAUAUUCAUCAAAGCUGUGCACACCACGGAGGAGCUUUGCACGGGCAUGCCACCCGUUCAGAUCACAGCCCUGGAGAAGAUUACAAAGCCAUUUUUUGCCGCUGUUUCAGACGAAAGAGUUCAGCAGAAGCUCUUGUGCACAUUGUUUGACUUACUGGUGAACUGUAAAAAUGCCCAGUGUGCUCAGACUGUCGGCAGUGUUUUUAAAGGGAUUUCCGUCAACGCUGAGCAAGUCAGAAUAGAACUGGAGCCACCAGAUAAAACCAAGGCCUUGGGCACGAUUCAGCAAACCAGGAGGCAGAAGAUGCAGCAGAAGAAAUCACAAGAUCUAGAAUCUGUUCAGGACGUUGGCGGUUCUUCCUGGCAAAGAGUAACCCUCAUCCUGGAAUUGCUGCAGCACAAAAAAAAGCUCAAGAACCCUCAGAUGCUAAUCCCAACGCUUUUCAACCUGCUGUCGAGGUGUUUAGAGCCUCUGCCUCCGGAGCAGGGAAACAUGGAGUACACCAAACAGCUCAUUCUCAGCUGUUUGCUUAACAUCUGCCAAAAGCUCUCUCCAGACGGCGGCAAAAUACCGAAAGACGUUCUGGACGAGGAGAAGUUCAACGUGGAAUUGAUCGUGCAGUGCAUCCGAGUCUCCGAGAUGCCUCAGACCCACCACCACGCCCUCUUACUUCUGGGGACAGUGGCCGGGAUAUUUCCUGAUAAAGUUCUACACAAUAUCAUGUCUAUUUUUACAUUUAUGGGAGCCAACGUCAUGCGUCUAGAUGAUACCUACAGUUUUCAAGUUAUUAACAAGACAGUGAAAAUGGUUAUUCCAGCGCUUAUUCAGUCUGACGGCGGAGACUCGGCGGAAGUCACGAGAAACGUGGAGGCGAUCGUGGUGAAGAUCAUGCGUGUGUUUGUAGACGCGCUGCCACACGUGCCAGAGCACAGGCGCCUGCCGGUGCUGGCCCAGCUCCUGGACACCCUCGGCGCAGGCCGGUUCCUCUGGGUCCUCCUGGUCCUGCUGUUUGAACAGUACAUCACCAAGACCGUGCUGGCGGCCGCCGGCGGGGAGAAGGACGCUAUGCUCGAAGCAGACACUGAAUUUUGGAUCUCAGUCUGUUGUGAAUUCAGUGUCCAGGAGCAAAUACAAAGCUUGAUGAAUAUCCUCCAGUACUUGCUGAGUUUGCCGGAGGAAAAGGAAGAAUCCGGUCCCAAGGCAGCAUCUCACGCGAGCGAAGCGCCAGGGGAGGUGCUGCAGGUGUUCAGUGUGGACGCUCACACAGGCAAGCAGCUGCGGCACCUCAAGUUCCUAUCUGUGUCCUUCAUGGCCCAGCUCCUGGCCUCCAGCCACUUCAUCAGGAAGGUCGUUGAAAGCGGUGGUCCUCAGGCCUUAAAGGGCUUUGAACAAAGGUUGCUGGAGGCGGUGCUCGGCUACAUUAACGCUGUCGCCCAGUCCGUGGAGAAAAACACAGACAAGCUAACGGGGAAGUUCUGGCGAGCGCUCCUCAGUAAAGCUUACGACAUGCUGGACAAGGUCAAUGCUUUGCUGCCCACGGAAACGUUCAUCCCCGUGAUCAGAGGGCUGCUGGGCAACCCCCUGCCGUCUGUGCGCCGGAAGGCGAUGGACCUUCUCAACAACAAGCUGCAGCAGAAGGCGUCCUGGAAGAAGAAAACCGUUUACAAUUUCCUCAAACUGGUUCCAGUCCUUCUGGCCGUGGUGCAGCAUAGGAAGAAGGGGACCGAAGAACAAGCGAUAAACAGGCAGACAGCUCUGUACACCCUGAAGCUUUUGUGCAAGAAUUUCGGUGCCAAGAAUCCAGAGCCUUUCGUCCCAGUGCUGACCACGGCGGUGAAACUGGUCGCUCCAGAGAAGGACGAGAAGAACGUGGUGGGCAGUGCCCUGCUGUGCGUAGCAGAGGUGGCCUCCACUCUGGGGCCCCUGGCCGUCCCACAGCUUCCCAGCCUGAUGCCCUCCCUGCUGACAACAAUGAAUACCAGCGAGCUGGUCUCUGGCGACGUCUACCUGCUCAGCGUACUAGCGGCCCUGCAGAAGGUGGUGGAGACUCUGCCCCACUUCCUCAGCCCCUACCUGGAAGGCGUGCUGUCACAGGUGAUUCGUUUGGAGAAAAUCACGAGUGAGAUGGGUCCAGCCUCCCAGGCUAAUGUCCGACUCACGUCUCUUAAAAAGACCCUGGCCACCACUCUGUCACCCCGCGUCCUGCUGCCAGCCAUCAACAAAACCUACAAGCACAUCCAGAAGGACUGGAGGAAUCACAUGGGCCCAUUUAUGAGCAUCUUGCAAGAGCACCUCGGGGUCAUGAAGAAGGAGGAGCUCACCUCCCAUCAGUCUCAGCUCACCGCGUUUUUCCUGGAGGCCCUGGACUUCCGAGCCAAGCACCCCGAGAAUGAUCUGGAAGAGGUUGGAAAAACGGAAAGUCAUAUCAUUGACUGCCUGGUGGCUAUGGUUGUAAAACUGUCUGAGCUCACGUUCAGACCUCUGUUUUUCAAGCUGUUUGAUUGGGCCAAGACCGAGGACGCCCCCAAGGACAGACUGCUGACGUUUUACCACUUGGCGGAUUGCAUUGCCGCCAGACUGAAGGGGCUCUUCACUCUGUUCGCUGGCCACCUGGUGAAGCCUUUUGCCGACACCCUGAACCAGGUGAACAUCUCCAAAACAGAUGAAGCGUUCUUUGACUCUGAAAAUGACCCUGAUAAGUGCUGCCUGCUCUUACAGUUCAUCUUGAACUGUUUGCAUAAGAUCUUCCUUUUCGACACCCAGCACUUUUUAAGUAAAGAGAGAGCAGAAGCCUUGAUGAUGCCUCUGGUGGACCAGCUGGAGAACCGGCUGGGAGGAGAAGAGAAGUUCCAGGAGCGGGUGACGCAGCACCUGGUGCCCUGCAUCUCCCAGUUCUCCGUGGCCAUGGCCGAUGACUCCCUCUGGAAGCCCCUCAACUACCAGGUCCUGCUCAAGACCAGAGACUCCUCGCCCAAGGUUCGGUUUGCUGCCCUCAUCACUGUGCUCGCGCUGGCGGAGACGCUGAAGGAGAAUUACAUUGUCUUGCUGCCAGAGUCCAUCCCCUUCUUAGCGGAAUUGAUGGAAGACGAGUGUGAAGAGGUGGAGCAUCAGUGCCAGCGGACGGUGCAGCGGCUGGAGGCCGUGCUGGGGGAGCCGCUGCAGAGCUACUUCUAA